GCAUCAUAUUCUUUUACAAGACAUGGGAUCCAUAUGGUGGCUUCUCAAACUUCUCUCUCCAUCCAUUUCAAAUGCCUAAUGAAAAUGGAGAACUUGUCAUCUGGUCCAGUGUAGAGCAUUAUUACCAGGCACAAAAGUUUGUUGGGGCAUCUGAUCCUGUAGCUAAAAGCUGCAUGGAAGAAAUACAAUGUGCAAAGAGCCCUGAGGAAGCAGCACGAAUAGGAAGGAGAAUACAGAGGCAGCAACCUAAUCUGGUAAGACCAGACUGGGAAUCUGUCAAGAUUGACGCCAUGUAUAAAGCCUUAAAAUGCAAGUUCGCAACAUACCCCUAUUUAAACUCUUUGUUGCUCUCAACUGCGGGCUCUGUUCUUGUGGAGGGUUCACCACAUGAUCUAUUCUGGGGAGGAGGUCGAGAUGGAGAAGGCCUAAACUAUCUUGGAAGGUUGCUGAUGAAGUUGAGAUCAGAGUUCCUAGGUGACUCUUCAACAAGUCAAAAUUCUUUGCUUCAUCAAACAUCAGAAAAUAAAUACUAGUGAAAUUUCCAUCCUAAUAAUGUUAGACUAAUGUUGUAAUCUAGCAAGAAAAGUGAUCCUUUUGAUCAUCGUUUAUUUAUGUAUCCUUGAGAAUCUUUUCAUUCUUGAACAUUGAGAAAGCUCCUACUAUUGGUCCUAUUUGUGUGUAAUAAAUCCUAUUUUGGUUCUCGUGGAAUAUUACUGUAUUUUGAGUUUGUGGCUCAUUAAUGUAAUAAGAGGAUGAGUUUUGAUUAUUUUAAGUUA